AUGUCGAACGACUCCUUGGUUACAUCACGAAUAGUAGGUGAUGUGUUGGACCCCUUCCGUAGCACAGUUGAUCUGACAGUGCUCUAUGACGGUAGGUUCGUCAUUAACGGCAUGGAGUUCCGCUCACCGGCGGUAUCGGGCAAGCCGAGCGUCGAGAUCGGCGGUGAUGAUAUUAGCGUGACAUACACCCUUGUCAUGGUGGAUCCUGAUGCUCCUAACCCCAGCAAUCCGACCUUGAGGGAAUAUCUUCACUGGAUGGUAACCGAUAUCCCAGGAUCAAUGGAUGACACCUACGGGCGGGAGGUGGUGUGCUACGAGAGUCCGACGCCGACGACGGGGAUCCACCGCAUGGUGCUGGUGCUGUUCCGGCAGCUCGGGCGGAACACGGUGUACGCGGCGUCCAUGCGCCACAACUUCAACACCCGCAGCUUCGCCCGCCGCUACAACCUUGGCGCGCCCGUCGCCGCAAAGUACUUCAACUGCCAGCGCCAGGCCGGCUCCGGCGGCCGGAAGUUCACCGGGCCCUAUACCAGCCACCGCCAGCAAAUCUAA